GCGCAUACUAUUCAGAUUUUUGGGGGGAUUUCUCCUUCUCCAUCAUAGAUCCUGUCCUUCUUGCCUAUAAUCACUCCUUAGAAAAACUACCAGAAGAGAGAGAGAGAAAACUAAAACAUACAUAAAAAAAAAAAUCAUGCUUUUGACCUUCUAAAAACUUCCCACUUUUCAACCUUCUUCUGAAUAUUUAUGGGCUGUGAAAAGUUUUUAUUAGGGUUUGUAUAUACAAGUAAUUAGGUUUUGGGUGAUUCUCAGCUGGAAAUAAUAUUUCUGGGUUUAAAUGGAGGAGUUAGUAUAUUGGGGAAGAAAGAAAGCAAGGCAUGAUUGUUGAUUGUUGAAAGUAUAAGAAGGGUUUUUGAUGGUCAAUUUGUGUAGUUGUUAGGUGUUUUUGUUGAAAGUAUAAGAAGGGUUUUUGAUGAUCAAUUUGUGUAGUAGUUAGGUGUUUGAAUUUGUGGGAGGCCAAAUGGAUGAGGAGCCUUCUUCUUGGAUUAGGAGAGCCAAGUUUUCGCACACGGUUUGCCAUAGGUUGGAGUCAUCUAGAUUGGCCUCGGUUCCACUAAGAUUUCGAACAGCUGAAAUUCCGAAAUUUAAGCCAAAGCCUGAAGCAGCUGCCGUGCCUGUACGUAGGAUUUCGGCACCGCUGCAACCCCAGAUUGAACGGAAUCCGCUAACGAAUAAACAACGAUCUGUAUCACCUCUGCCGGAAACUUUUGUUCCGGAUACCUUUAAGGAAGCUCGUAUGGAAAAGAAGAGAUCAACAACUCCACUACCAAGAAGGAAGGAGGCUGAUAAGAGAAUGGGCAAAAUUUUUAGUAAAGGUUCUCCAGACAACAAGGAACGUAAUGUGAAGUUGACAUCAAAUACUAGUCCGUUGAGGAAUUUCUCCCCAAUGAAAAGUUUUGGGAAAGCGAAGAUGAAAAGGGAUUCUAGUUGGACAAAGUUCUUUGAUCAUGGAGGUGGAAAGGUUACUGCUGUUGAAGCUGCUGACGAGUAUAUGGUCGAUCUUUCAAAGUUGUUUGUUGGAAAUAAGUUUGCUCAUGGUGCUCAUAGUCGGCUCUACCACGGAAUUUACAAGGACGAAGAUGUUGCUGUCAAAAUUAUCCGAGUACCUGAUGAUGACGAAAAUGGAUCCUUAGCAGCUCGAUUAGAGAAGCAGUUUAGUCGAGAAUUUACUUUCCUAUCGCGCCUCCACCAUCCUAAUGUAAUUAAGUUUAUGGCAGCAUGCAGUCAGCCACCAGUCUAUUGCAUCGUGACAGAGUUCUUGUCAGAGGGUUCUCUGCGGGCAUAUUUACACAAGCUUGAAAAGGAAACACUUCCCUUAGAGAAAUUAAUCCCUAUGGCACUUGGAAUUGCUCGUGGAAUGGAAUAUGUGCAUUCUCAAGGUGUCAUUCAUCGGGAUCUCAAACCUGAGAAUGUUCUGAUUGAUCAAGCUUUUCAGAUGAAGAUUGCUGAUUUUGGGAUUGCCUGCGAGGAAGUACACUGUGAUCCUUUUGCUGAUGAUCCUGGAACAUACCGCUGGAUGGCUCCUGAGAUGAUUAAGUUUAAACCAUAUGGAAGGAAGGUUGAUGUAUACAGUUUUGGACUCAUAUUAUGGGAGAUGGUAUCUGGAAGGAUUCCGUAUGAGGAAAUGACCCCGAUCCAAGCUGCUUUUGCUGUCGUUAAUAAGAAUGUGCGGCCUGCUGUCCCAAAGGGCUGCCCUCCUGCCAUGAGAGCUCUAAUUGAACAGUGUUGGUCCGUCCAGCCAGACAAGAGGCCUGAGUUUUGGCAGGUUGUGAAGGUUCUUGAGCAGUUUGAAUCUUCACUUGUUCAUGAUGGGACUUUGAAGCUGGUACAGAAUUCUAUUCUUCAGGAUCAAAAGAAAGGAUUUCUAAGUUGGAUACAUAAGCUUGGACCUCCUCAAACUCAAUCUAAGUCAAUGCCUAAACCUAAGUUCAAUUGACUCUUCUUAUGCUCAGGCAUUUCUAGUGCAAUCAGAUUCCUUUGUAAUUAAUAGGUUUGUUUUAGUUUUUCUUUUGAUUGUACUAUUUCACAUCUAUGUGAGUGGAGUCAACAGAAUAGUGGCGUGCUCUGAGUUUGAAUGCUUCUUUGACACACUGCACGAACAGCAGUAUACUUUUUGAUAUUGGAAAAGAAAUCAAUGGUUUUGUGGGUAA